CAUUGCAACCACAAUUGGCUGAAUUUAGGGCAACAGAUCGAGAUAUUCAAUAAUGAUGAAAAUCCAAGUACUUCUCUACCUCACCUUCGCCUUCCUUUUCUUUCCAGGCGCACAUUCGGCUACAAUUUCUUUCACAAACAAGUGCACCUUCAAGGUCUGGCCAGCAACUCUAACUUCUGAUAACAAACCUCAGUUAGCAUCGACCGGGUUCGAGUUAGCACCCCAAGCUAGCAAUUCCAUAGACACUCCGGUUCCAUGGAAUGGCCGCUUCUGGGGCCGUACCAACUGCUUCACGGACAAUUCAGGAAUGUUCACUUGUGACAAACCAGGGGAUUGCGCAUCCGGUCAGGUCUCAUGCAACGGAAAAGGAGGAAUUCCGCCAGCCACGUUGGUGGAAAUUAAUAUCCCAGCAGGUGGGGGUCAAGAUUUCUACGAUGUUAGUCUUGUUGACGGCUUCAACUUGCCCAUCUCCAUAACCCCUCAAGGCGGUCACGCUCCCGGGGACUGUCGGAGCUCUAGCUGCAGCGCCAACGUGAACGCUAUGUGUCCGAGUGAGCUACAAGUAACGGGGGCUGGCGGGAGCGUGGUUGGCUGCAUGAGCGCGUGCCUGAAGUUCAAUGAGCCCAAGUAUUGCUGCACUCCACCUAAUGAAAAGCCAGAGACAUGUCCUCCUACGGACUACUCUAUGAAGUUUAGUCAACAAUGCCCUGAGGCUUACAGCUACGCUUAUGAUGACAAGAAAGGCACGUUCACUUGCUCCGGGGGACCUAACUACGCUAUUACUUUCUGCCCAUAAGAGUCAUACACUAUAUAUCUAAUAUUAUGCUAGAAAGGAAAUAUCACGACAGAGAUAUCCUUUCCUUAUAUGUUAAAAUAAAGGAAUAAUCGAUCUUUUUGAA